UCAGUGUGCUAGUUACACUCUAGUCUCAAAGAAGCAGGACGGCUUCUUAAGCAGCUUGUCAGUUUAGACUCAAGGCUAAAGGAGAGAUUUGUCUGAAGAAACAUUGGGUUGUCUUUUUUAAUUAUGGCAAUUGUUUCUGCUGUGUUUGGUGCCAUCUUCCUGUUGGGAUCCAUCAACCUCUCAGCUGCAAAAACAGACACUUGUGACUUUUACGCUGCCGUCGGACAGAGCCUGACUCUUCCUUUUAUCUACAACGGACUGACAACAUCACAUGUGCUAAGAUGGACUCACAACAGCACCAUUGUUUUCUACAGGCAGCAGGGCAGGGUUUCUGUUGGAAAACAAGCAGACAUCACUCCAACCGGAUCACUUAUCCUGAAGAACCUGCAACCAUCAAGUGCUGGAGUGUAUCAAGCAAACGUGUUGCUCCCCAAUGGCACAUUUUCUAAAACAUGGUCUGGCCAGCUCUGCAUGAUGGAGAAGGCACCGAAACCUAAACUCACCUAUAGCUGUGACUUCAAGGCUAGUGCUGUUAAACUGAACUGUGAUGUGGCUAAAGUUCAGGGUUUGGUGUUCUCAUGGACACUGGAUGAGAAGACUUUAACAAGUGAGACAAGACAAACCCUGAGUAUAUCCUUGGCUCAGCUAAAAGGAGAGAGGAGCUUCACUUGUAGCGUGGAAAACAAAGUCAGCAAAGAGAGGAGUGACAUAGUCCGUCCAACCUGCAAAGCUCCUUUGCCGUCACCGCCACCUUUAGUCUGUUUCAAGCCCGCUGUUGUGGUGGCUGUGCUCGGAGCAGGGGCCACUCUCAUUCUGCUUCUGCUCAUCACCAUCGCUGUGUUAUGCUGCCGCAACAAAUUCAGGAAAAACCAAAUGAGACCAGAGGAUACAGGUGCAAUCAGGAUGCUUCCUGUGAUCAAACAGGAGCAGGACUCCAUCAGCCCAGAAUACGAGACCAUGCACCCAAAUGAGGACGAUUCACCCGCGAUCCUGGAACCCUCAGUCAGGGAGUGUUAUGAGAAUGUCUCUCAGCCCGAAGCUCAGAGUGAAAACAAGCCUCCUCAGCUGUCCACCGCUGCUGAGGGACAACAGCCUUCACCGGUGCCAAAGCCGAGGAGGAAAGGCCCUCAGAUGCAAAACAUCUAAGCGUGCCUACAACCCUUAUCACGGCAGGAAGUUAGAGGAAAAGACAUGCUUUAGCUUGAUGCCCUGCUACUGAGCCUGAAUGAAGAAAAGCACAUAAUAACAUGUAUGUUUGUGUCAUUUAUCCUCUAUUAAGUCUGGUUCACACAUAAAGUGCCAGCAGUACUGCAAACAUGGACUUCAGAUUGAUUUGCUGUUGACCUUUAAUAGCUGUUACCACUUCUGUUAAUACUGCUGUUCUGUUGUUUAAAGGAGUAAAAGAUCAAAAUGGAAAAAGAGAAAGCAACUGACCCAUUUUUCUCUGAGCUAAAUGGGAUUUCUUGUUGCAUUUGUUUUGAAGUUGUGUUAAAAAUUCAGCCUUUUACUGGUCUGGUUUGAGAAAUAUUUUGGCAUUUGAAAAAAGCAUUGCAUGAUCUCUACUGUUUAUUAGGAAAUUUAGGAUUGUGGUGGAUCUUAAUUUUGAUAAGAUUUUUUUCUAUUUGUAAUGUUUAAAAUGCUAUUUAAUAGUUAUUGAUCUGUAGACAUUUUAGGCUUGUCUUCUUGGAAUAAAAUAACUUUAAGACAAGGGAGGAGGCUGUUGGUUCAUUAAUUUCACUGAUAAAGAAAUAAGGUUCAGUCUGGAAGUAACGGUUAUGCCAUCAUUGACUCUUCUGCCCACUGAUUUCAAGAUCAAAUGAUUAAACAUUUAACACAGGGUUGCUCAA